AUGCCAACAGUUUACUGCAACUUGUGGUUAUGUUUAGUUUUGUGUCCGUAUAUAAUAACACAGUAUAUCUAUCCUAUAGAUGAUACACCUGGAUUUGGUAGAAGAUUUGAUGGUGUAGGAGGAUUGAGCGCAGGGGGGAGUACAACUAAACUAUUAGUUAAUUAUCCACAACAACAGCGAGAUGAAAUACUCGAUUAUUUAUUCAAACCAAAUUUUGGAGCCUCUUUGCAUAUUCUUAAAGUGGAAAUUGGCGGCGAUGGUCAGAGUACAGAUGGAACUGAAGCUUCCCACAUGCACUAUAGCUGGGAUCUCAACUUUGAACGAGGUUAUGAAUGGUGGAUGAUGAAGGAAGCGAAAAAGAGAAAUCCGGAUAUUAAAUUAUUCGGAUUGCCUUGGGCUUUUCCAGGGUGGGUUGGUGGAGGAACCCUAAGUCCCUACACAUAUCCAGAAGUGACCUCAACGUAUGUUUGUGAAUGGAUUCUUGGCGCUGAAAGAAUACACAAUCUUACGAUCGACUAUGUUGGGAUUUGGAAUGAACGGGAUUAUAAUGUUACUUAUAUUUUGACAUUAAGGAAGACAUUAGAUUCCUAUGGGUUACAACAUGUAAAAAUUGAAGCAGCAGAUGGAGGUAUAGAUAAGAUAGCUUACGAUGUUCUUACCAAUCCAGAUCUAGCUCAAGCUGUUUCUAUUAUUGGAUUUCACCAGCCAAGAACUGAGAGUAAUAUGAUGGGUCUUGAAACUGGUAAACCACUAUGGGCAUCUGAAGACUACAGUCAGCCACCAGAUGAUUACGGAGGAUCGUGUUGGGCUAGGACGAUCAAUCAAGAUUAUUCAAAUGGAUUUAUCACUGCUCAGGUAGCAUGGUGUAUUAUAAACAGCAUGUAUGAUGGUUUACCGUUUAAUGAUAACGGUUUAAUGCGGGCAAUAGAACCAUGGAGUGGAUCUUUUUAUGUUGCUCCUCCAAUCUGGGCUUCAGCCCACACCACACAGUUUACCAAACCAGGAUGGAUGUAUUUAAAGCAUGGUUCUGGUGUUGGAAACUUCUCUAGAGGAGGUAGUUAUGUAACAUUUAUGAGCCCAGAUCAACAGGAUUUUACAGUAGUUAUUGAGACUGGGACAUUUAACCAUUCCCAUUGUCGCAAAGUUAUCGAACCAUUUACAGUAGAACCACAAGAUGUCAUAUUACAGCUAAAGGGGACAUUAACUUAA